AUGGGUUGUCCAACUACUAAUGUUGAGCCGCCUUUCGUGAGCCCCAAUGAAAGUGUCAUCAAUAAAAUAUCGGAUGAGGAGGCUGCCCGUAUGGGUAGCCGUAUGGCGGUGGGAGUUAAGGGCAGCGGACGUAUUCACCUGCGAAAGGCAGCAGGCAAUGUGUGGAAUGACCCUACGCUCGAUGACUGGCCACAAAAUGAUUACCGCAUCUUUUGCGGCGAUUUGGGCAACGAGGUAACAGAUGACGUACUAGCGAGCGCAUUCAAAAAAUACCCGUCGUUUCAACGCGCACGUGUUAUCAGGGAUCGCAAUUCAGGAAAGAGCAAGGGAUACGGGUUUGUAUCCAUGAUGAGCCCAGACGACAUGUUGGCGGCUUUGAACGAAAUGAAUCACAAAUUCGUGGGAAAUCGUCCAAUUCGCGUGAUGCGUAGUAAAUGGAGGGACAGGGAUAUAGGUUCCUCGAAAAACAGACAAUCAGCGGCCUUAUAUCAAAUGACGGCUGAUAAUUCCAAGACUCUGCGCAAGUUUAAAAAAUUGGGUAAGACAGUCACCGGUGGCAAAAAGGCCAAUUUGGUGUACGAGCCCAAAACAUUCAAGAGGAACAAGAUAUACCUCAGUACCGGCGUGGCUAACAGAUUCGACAAUAGAUCACGUCUUUCUCAUGAUCACUUGUUGGAUAACAUCUAG